AAAACGAAUUCGAACGCGCAAGCGAACGGUUGUGUUUAACGGAAAGAAAACGAAGAAGUUGAAGAAGAGAAAAAUAAAAGAACUUGAAACAAAGUGUAAUACGCAAAAGCAAAUAAAACUGCAAUUUUUUUUUGUAUAUUGUUCGAUUGUUAAGUGUGUGUGUGUGCCUUGAAACCGGUUGCUAAAUGCACGCUGCAACUGCAAAUAUAAACAUAAAAGUAACAAUAACAUUAGCAGCAGCCAAGCAGCGCAGUCAGCUUGCAUAUUAUAUGUCCCCUGAUAUAUACACAUAAGGGACAACAGCAGAGACAACAAACAAUAUUCAAAUUUUACUGUUACCAUUGAUAGCAGAACAACAACAACAGCAGCAUCAGCAAUAAGCAUGGCUUUCUCCAUUGUAAGCCGCGGUCUUUUGCGCACUUCGAGAGAAAUCCUGGAACGCAAUAUGGCCGCAACGGUGGGCGCUUUGCAGCAGCAGCAGCAACAGUCCAUCUGCACCUUGCCGUUUCCAAUGGGUGAUUGCAGCAAUAAUCGGCUGGCUAAUGGUCCCACACAUAUAUCAUUAUGUCUGCAGUUCGUGCUUCGCCCACCACCGGCCGUGCUGCCGUCCGUUCGAGAAUAUUCAAAGAAAAAUGCUGGAACGGCCACUCAGCGGCGCGAUGAAAGCGACAGCGAUUCUGAUUCAGAUGAUGAGUUUGAGAGACGCCGCCAAAAUGCUAAUGUGAAGCGCAGCGAACGGGGAGACUCGGCAUUCUGGCGUCGCAAGAUGCGAACGUUGCAUGGCAUAAUGGAUGUAAAUCACGACGGUGUCAUCUCGUACGAUGACUUCAACUUGCUGGCCAAACGCUUCAGCGACUUGGGCCACUUGUCGCCAGAGGUGGCCGCCGAAUUCACCGAUGUCAUUAAGCAAACGUGGGAGGAACAGUUUGGGGAGAUAACUCCAUACAAUCUGGUGACUGCUGAGCAGUUUCUGACCGAUUUGCAUCAUCGACUGAAUGAUAAAAAAAUGGCAAAGCGCAUUGGACGCUUUUUGCCCUAUUUGUUUAAGGCCGUUGACUUUGAUCACAGUGGCCACUUGGAUCUCGAACAAUAUAAGCUCUUCUUCCGCUGUCUGGGACUGACCGAGGAGGAUGCUGCCAUUUCAUUCGCUGUGAUAGACAAGAAUGGCGAUGGCCAAUUGUCGCUCAAGGAGUUUGUACAUUUGGGUCGCCAAUUCUUUUUAACCGAAGACGAUACGAAAAUAUCGAAAAUGUUCUGGGGCCCAUUGAUCGCUGAUCAUUGACGCGUUGCAGCCACUGCUGUAGAUAAACAUGUUCGCGAUGCCAACAACAAAACGAAGCCAAUGCUGCCAACAACAACAACAACAACAACUACUAACAUCAUUAAAACGAUUCCAACACGCACGCAGGUGGCGUGCGGCAGUUGGCCGUAUCUACAGCAUGUGGCGCUGCACAAAUCGAGACCAUUCAACAGGCAAACGACAGUGGACAGCAGCUGUUGCUACAACAACAGUUGCAACAGCAACACAAUCAAUUUGAUCACAAUUCGGAACAUGAACAUUUACGAUUAUUUACGUCAACAUUUCAAACCGGCCAGCAAACGCAAUCGCAACAGCUACUCGGACUGCGAUGAUGAGCUGCAUCUGCCCCAGCCCAAGGUGCGCAAGCACAACUACAACAAUUAUCGGAAGCAACAACAGCAGCAGCAACAGCAGCAGGAAAGGGAGCAGCAGCAUGAGAAGCGUGGCAAGCAUGGCCCAAAUUCUUCGAGUACGCCUAACUAUGAUAUAAGAAUUUUUUUUUAUGUUAAUUCACUAAUAUUAUUCACAAUGUCCUGUCGCCAAUACGAGGGCGAUGAGUUCAAGCAUUUUAUCGUUCAUCACAUAAGAGAAUUUGAUCGAUUGCGGCGCAAGGCGCGCAAGCGACGCAAACGCAAAAUGAAAGCAACAACUGAAUUGUCAUUGUAAAUCGAAACAACAACAACUAUGAAUAAUGUCUUAAAUGAUACUAUGUACUCUACACAUAAUAUAUAUAUAUAUGUAUACGUAACGAUCCGGUAUGAUAACAGAAAUAAACAAAAAAAACAUACAAAAUCAAA